GACAAGGGGGGCCGCGCGCACUGCACGCCGGGCCACCCGCAAUCCAACAUGGCGCUCCCCAUACGGCGAGGUCUGGACGCCUUGGCGAGGCUGGCGACGGCGAGCGGUGUGCUGACAUCGCCGUGGAGAUGCCUACACGUGGGUGCUGUGCUGUCAAGGCGAAGGAACUGGGAACCGCUGAAUCGCGUGGUCUACCCACCCCAGCAGCCCGGGGAGGAGAGGAGGCCGGCAGAGAUUUUUCAUUGCCACAGGCAGAUCAAAUACAGCAAAGACAAGAUGUGGUACCUGGCAACACUGAUUAAAGGUCUGUCUGUGGAUGAAGCCUUAGCUCAACUGGAAUUCAGUGACAAGAAAGGAGCUAAGGUCAUGAAGGAGGUUCUGCUGGAAGCCCAGGAGAUGGCAGUGAACCAUCACAACGUGGAGUUCAGAUCCAACCUCUAUGUGGCCGAGUCAUUCGUAGGCAAAGGCAUGUACCUGAAGCGGCUUCGCUACCACGGCCGGGGCAUGUUCGGCAUCAUGGACAAGGUGCGCUGCCACUACUUUGUGAAGCUUGUGGAGGGGCCGCCGCCCUCCGCCGCGGAGCUGCAGCGCGCGCGUUACCCCGUGGAGCAUGCUCGCUCGCCGCUCGCUCACCUGCGCUCGCCCAUAGAGCAGGCGCGCCUCUACGUAAAGGAGCUGCGCCAGCGCACCGUCCCGCACUCCCUGUGAUGUUGGAGGGGUUUAGAGCGCGCCUUCCCACACUCUGAUGUGCGAGUGGGAUUUAAAGAGCACCGUGUGUGCAAUCAACUCUGCUCCCCCCUGUAGUAGAAGUUGGAGUGCCCUUAUGUGCAGUAAAAUCUGACUAAUUGGGGGCAGAGCCUCCAACUUACUCCAAAGUCCAGCUUACUUGUGUCCAGCUUCGUGAGGGUUAACUGAAGUCCAAACGUGCAAAGCACAGGCACUCGCAUAAGUGCACCCAACAAAACCGGUAUGGAACAUGGUGGAUGGUGUGAUUUGCUGCAUUCUCAGAAGCCUGUGUUUCUUUAUUGCUAACGUUCAGACACCACAGCUGGUAGCAAUCGUGAAGGGCUGAAUCGAUCUACGACAGAACCUCGACAAAUUUCAAAUGCCAGUGGAAAAUGGUGUAUUUUAUCACAGCCCAAAAUCUGAUCAUGGGUUGUCUGAAAUGUUUUGUACAGUAUAUGAACAAAUCAAUAUGGGCACCGUGGUGGUGAGAUGUUAACUACCUCGCCUGGUAUACAAGAAGUCACGUGUUAAAUCCCGACCCUGACACCUGUAUAUUUGCAGUUUGCUUUGCUCUCCCCGGGUCACAUUGAUUUUUCUCCGGGCCCCCUCCGGUCUUUCCCUUCACAUUUAGAAAUGUGUAGAGUAUUUGGUUGCUAUAAUUUCCACAAACCACUUAAUUGGGCUGUCAUUUGUGGCCAAGUCACUUCUGAAAAAGAGUUAUAUAACUUAAUGGACCUUACCUGGAAAGAUAAACAUCGUUUAUAUGCCACGGCUCCCCUUAUGCGACACGCACGCGUGGUAUUGUUAAAUCUAUUUUAUUUGAUACAUUUUUGUACAGUUUGCACUCUGCAAUAAUUAUUAUUCAUCACAACAUUAAAAUCAGACUGCCUUUAAAUAACAAUUGCUGUUGAUUUUUUUGUGUACAAAAUCGAACACGCCACAUUGUCUUCAUGAGUAAUGAUAUAGUUUAUAGUCGUGCAGUUCAUUGCCACUGCUGGUUUGGCAGCAGAGGUCUCAACAAAUCAGUCAAGUGGCAUCACUUCACCUCUGCAAUGCUCUGGAUUCCCUUAUGGAAACACCUGCUCUGGUUUGAGACAUUCAGGCUGACCUGAAUGUCUCGAGUAACAGAACAGUGUUCCUCUGAUGGGAGGUCAGAAAAAAGUACAUUGGCUGCAUCAUGUAUCCAGCAUGCCAGCCACUGCAUGUCCUAGCAGUUCCUGUUAAUGUGGGUGCAGUUAUACUGAUGCGGCACAGGAUGAGCUUGCAGCUCAGUGAAUUUCCUGAAGGAAACUCACCAGCAGUGCUAAGAUUGUGAAAGAUGCCAGUGGGUGGCUAGUGGUAGCCACCUUCCAGAAACGAUGGCAAGCAGAAAGUAACACCAGCAAUAUGAUAAUGUAAUGUCACCACUGUUAAAUGGUGAAUGACAGCCAUGGUCCUUGUUUUGUGUACAGGCAUAUCUGUCAGUGCUGCCUUUUAUAAUGCUGUUUCGUUAUUACGUUACGACCUAGAGGAAAAUUAAUGUGAGGAUCAGCCCAUGUAUAUGGAAGUAGGUGUGGUGCUGCCCAUAGGGGCAUGUCUUUGGAACCAGCAUCGAGGUCUUGUAUUAAUUCUGCUCAGUUGAUUUGACACCUAUGCUAGAGUAUCGAUUCAUCGAGGGUGAAUUCAUAAAUUCAUUGACAAUCCAUGUAUCGAAUAAUUCCAUAGGUUAGUAUAACUUCCCACGGAACGUGUGAUUACGGCAAACAGUUAAUCUUACACGCAAGCUCCCACACAAUUUACUGAAAAGUGCAUAACUUAUUGCAUUUUUUAAUGUCAGUAUUAAAAUGUAUUUGAAUUAAUGAAAUUAUUUUAUAUAUUUAUCAUGUGCAAAGUAUCAUUAAGGUUAUUACCAAUACUCCAAUGAAGCCCUCGUAUCGCUCAUAGGUAAAAAAAAA